ACAUUAUCAAAGCUAUAGAAAGCACUCACUCACCACUUUUAAUUUUCAAGGAGACUCAAUUUUUGGAGCAACUACAAGAAAAUGCCAUGCUCUAAAGAAACUCUCUUCUGGGUUUUCUACAAUGUCUCAAGCUCCUCCCUUCUCCUCCUCCUCUUCCUCUACUUUUCCUCCACUUUGCUCCUCAAGCUCCUCAACUUCAUUGGAAGCUACCCAAUAAUCCAAAGAAAUCAAAAUGAAUAUGAGUAUAAUUUUUUCUCUGAUGAAGAGGAAGAUGUAGAUACUGAAACGUACUAUUAUACAGAGUCUAGAGAAAAAGAUCACCUUGUGGCUGAUGUAAUUCAUGGAGGUGAAUCGCUUGUGUUUUUGUCUAACCGAAGUGUUACUCAGAGAACCCAAAAUCAUGUUCAAGAAUUUGUGAACUCACGACAGUCCCUAGAAGACGAAGAUGAUGAUAAUGAUGAUGAUGAAGACGAUUCUGAUAGUGAUGAACAGUUCUCUAUUCUUGCGUCAGCAGGUUCAGAAGCUAAACAUAAUGAUUCUGAUCCUAUGGUUGAAGAAGCAGAAGACAUGACAGCGAGAGAUGCUGAUUCAGUUCAAGAUUCUGGUCCGGAACAUGGCGGCCCCACCUCACCGUUCACCACAUACCGACAGAAAAAUAGUUUGGUGGACAGUGACGAAAACUAUGGUGAAGAUUACAUUAAUCAAGGAAUACAAAAUAAGAAGAAGAUGGAUCAGAAUUUGCAUGGGGAUGAAAAGGCUUUCAUUUUUGCUGCAACCCAGAUGGAAUCCAAGAAACUUCAAGUUCGAGAAAAGGAUGAUGAGGAGAUAUUUGGUGAUUCAUGCACUGUGGGUUCAACAUCUAAGAGCUCUUCUGAAUGGAGAAGCUCAAUUAAGGAUUCAGGGACUGAAGAUCCAUUUUCUUCUUCUUCAAGAAGAAGUUGCCCCAAGUGGGAAUCUUAUACAGUGUUUCAAAAGUACGAUGAAGAGAUGAUGUUCCUGGAUAGAGUUAGUGCUCAAAAGCUUCAUGAAACAGAAUCACUUAAGUCUAUUCAAGUGAAUCCAAGAUCAAUUUCAGAUAGGAUUGUUCAUAAGAUAGCAACUAUGAACAAGAAAAAAUCUUCAGAUUUUCGUCAAAACCCUUAUCAUGAACUUGAAGCUGCAUAUGUAGCUCAGAUUUGCUUGACAUGGGAAGCUCUUAAUUGGAACUACAAGAACUUCAAUUCUAAGAGAGCUUCAAAGAAAGAUUUUGAUCCUGGCUGUCCAGGGCAUAUUGCCCAGCAGUUUCAGCAAUUCCAAGUUCUCUUACAGCGUUACGUAGAAAAUGAGCCUUAUGAACAAGGCCGGAGACCUGAAGUGUAUGCCAGGAUGAGACUUUUGGCUCCAAAGCUACUUCUAGUCCCAGAGUACCGAGAUUCAGAAGAUGAUCCAAACGAGGAUGGUUUUGGCUCAAGAAUUUCAUCAGCUGCAUUUCUAAUGAUAAUGGAAGACGGAAUCCGAAGUUUCAUGGAUUUUCUCAAGCUUGAUAAGCAGAAACCGGGACAGAUUCUAACAUCUUUCUUUAAAAGAAACAGAAGAGGAACAGUUGAUCCUGCUCUUCUCCAACUAAUGAAGAAAGUAAACAAAAAAAAGAAAAUGAAGCUUAAAGAUCUCCGGCGAGCUCGAAAAUGCAUAAGGAAAAAGAAGUUGAAGGUAGAGGAAGAGAUGGAAAUAUUAAUGGGAUUAAUAGAUUUGAAAGUGGUGUCAAGAGUAUUGAGAAUGAGUGAUAUAAGUGAAGAACAAUUGCAUUGGUGUGAAGAGAAGAUGAGCAAAGUGAGAGUUUUAGAUGGGAAACUUCAAAGAGAUUCCUUACCACUUUUCUUCCCAGCACAUUGACUCAAAGACCCACCAAGCUGUUCAUGUUAUUGCUUGAUGACUAGAUCAUGGAUAACAAAAUUGAAUAUCCUAGCUAGCUAGACAUCCUCUUUUGUAAAAUCUGUAAAAAAAAAAUUAUAAAUAUAGAGGGUAGUGGGACCUACAAAUCAAAGUGAGUUCAUGUGGGUGACAUGGAAUUUGGAGAUAUGGAAUCCAUUGAUGAAGAGUAAAGAAAGAGAUGUGUAGUGUUGAUGAACAAUGAAAGUGAAAGAGCAAAGACAAAGAAAGGAACAUUGCAUGUAGAAUUUGAGAUAGAGACAAUUGGGUAGCUUUAAUUUUUCACUUUAGCUUUUUUUAGUUAGGGUUUAUCUAUAAGGGAUUUUUUUAUUUUUUAUUUAG